AUCCGAUAUGAGGUCCAAGCGGGAAAGAGCCCAUCUUAGUUUUCCUCACUCGAUCUCCCAAACACCAAUAGUCUGCUUAGAGCAUCGGAAGUGCUUAGAAGAUGACUGAUGCGAUCAAAAAAGUAUUUGCCUUUAAAAAGGCAGAGGGCCAACCAGCGUUCGUCACGUUUGUGACCGCAGGGUAUCCUACCAAAGAUGCCACCGUACCGAUUCUGCUUGCUAUGGAGGCAGGUGGAGCAGAUAUCAUUGAGUUGGGAAUGCCGUUCACGGACCCUAUUGCCGAUGGGCCUGUCAUUCAGGAUUCCAAUACCAUUGCAGUCCAAAAUGGCAUUGACUACACGACGACACUAGAAAUGCUUCGUGAGGCACGUCAAAAAGGACUCAAAGCACCUGUACUUCUCAUGGGUUACUAUAAUCCGAUUCUCGCUUAUGGCGAAGUUAAAGCGGUCCAGGAUGCCCUUGAGGCAGGGGCAAAUGGCUAUAUUAUGGUGGACCUCCCUCCGGAGGAGGCAGUAAAGUUCAGACAACUAUGCUUAGCAAAUGGUUUAUCUUACGUGCCACUGAUUGCCCCAUCCACAUCACUGGCGAGAGUCGAGUUUUUGGCUUCCAUCGCCGACACGUUUAUUUACAUCGUUUCUAAGAUGGGAACGACCGGCUCGAGUGCCGAUAAGUCAAUGAACUCGUCCCUUCCCGAUCUGAUCUCCCGUGUCCGAGCAUACACACCAGUUUCACUUGCAGUCGGGUUUGGCGUGUACAACCGUCAACACUUCGAGACCGUCGUUGAUGCGGGCGCCGAUGCCGUAGUUGUUGGUAGCCGGUUCGUGGGCAUCAUCAGGGAGGCCGGACCACAUCUGCCCAAUAUCACCAAAGUGGUUACCCAGCACUGCUCCGAGCUCACUUUGCACGGUCAACCCAAAACAUCAAGGACGCUGUCACCCACAGUUAACUCCCAGAUCGGGGAAACACUUGUUGACUGUUUGAUUGAACUGGAGGCCGCGCAUAAGGCCGCGCUGGCUGACCCAGAGUUCUGGAAGGAGUUCGAAAGUUUCUACGGGUAUAUCAAUCGACCAAGCCAGCUUUAUGAAGCUAAAAGGCUAUCUGAGAUCACUGGUGGGGCUAGAAUUUGGCUUAAACGGGAAGACUUGAAUCACACUGGCUCACACAAGAUCAAUAACGCCAUCGGUCAAAUCAUCCUGGCUAAACGCAUCGGGAAGACGCGUAUCAUUGCAGAGACUGGUGCUGGACAGCACGGUGUGGCGACCGCUACUGCAUGCGCCAAGUUUGGUCUUGAGUGUGUCGUUUACAUGGGCGCUGAAGACGUGCGCAGGCAGGAGCUCAACGUGUUCCGUAUGCAAAUGUUAGGUGCCACGGUUGUCCCCGUAAAGUCAGGGUCUCAAACUCUCAAGGAUGCGAUCAAUGACGCCUUCAGAGAUUGGGUGACCAAUCUCUCAAACACACACUAUCUUGUUGGCUCCGCCAUUGGGCCUCAUCCAUUCCCUACCAUCGUACGAGACUAUCAGCGGGUCAUCGGGCGCGAGAUCAAGUCUCAGUUCGUCGAAGCUGUUGGGAAACUUCCCGAUGUUAUCGUUGCUUGUGUUGGAGGCGGCAGCAAUUCCAUUGGAGCUUUUUAUGACUUCAUCGAGGAAGAGGGUGUUCGACUUGUGGGUGUCGAGGCAGGAGGAGAUGGUGUCAACACGAACCGUCAUAGCGCCACUCUAUCUCUCGGAACUCCAGGUGUCCUUCAUGGCGUACGAACCUACCUCCUGCAGUCUCCUACAGGUCAGAUCGUCGAAACUCAUUCCGUGAGCGCUGGUUUGGAUUACCCUGGGGUUGGGCCCGAGCAUGCGUGGCUUAAGGACUCAGGUCGAGCGGAGUAUAUGGUCGCGAACGAUGAGGAAGCUCUACGUGGUUUCCGCUUGUUGACGCAGAGUGAGGGUAUCAUACCGGCCCUGGAGUCCGCUCAUGCGAUCUGGGGUGCGGUCCAAGUGGCCAAAACACUACCUAAGGACAAGAACAUUGUAGUGUCUCUCUCUGGACGAGGGGAUAAGGAUGUGGAACAAAUUUCAAGGCUUCUUCCUGGAAAAUGGGCUGACAUCCUGGACUGGCACCCAAAUGUGAUGCCCAAAUGACGCCUUCCUUGCUCUGCAGUGGAAUAUAGACUUCUUUUGCACACGAUAUAGCUUCAAUCACUGCGUUACUGUAUAAGUAGGAAAUGACAUCUACAAAUAAUGCGAAGGCGACGUAUACGUGUGUC